CAUCUUUUCGCCCGCCCGAAUCGCGGAGGCUGAACGCAAACGGAACCGAUAGGAUGUCAACAAGUGACGCAGGAGAGUCGGAGCCCAUAGUUGGAGGAGGAGAGAGAACGACGCCUCCGGACAGCGGCGCAGUGCGAGCAGCCGGCCGAGCGACGAGGACUGCGCCUGCCAGAGAACAGCAGAAUGAAAACAUUGGUCAGAGGUUCAAGCAGGAAAGUCAUCAUGAUGAAGAAACCCCGAGUGGAACGCAGCGUCACCCGUCAGCCAUCAGACAGGAAGAAACACACAAAGCACUUGUAUUAAGGACGGACAGAAUAAGAAAGGAAGAGGCUGCCCACUGCGUUGAGUCAAGCCUCCAGAAGCCCAGCACAUCCAGAAUCACCUCAGGCCUGUUCUUCAGACUCUCCAGAAAUCUAGACCUCGGCGAGCCCGAUCUAACACUCAAGACUUUUGACCCCUGCUUGCACAGUUCAACUGAAACACAGGAGCUUGAGACUGAGAAUAGAAGCCACCAGGUUCAUGGACAAACCUUCCCACCGCACACCUUUAUAAAAAAAACCAGUGACGCAACAUUAUCUGAAAGAAGACCAUUUCCAACCCAGAAGAAUGAAGAGGCUCUCCCGGUUGGUUGCUAUGAAUCAGAGUCUAGCAGAGGCUUGAGUAUCUCAAAUGGGGAAUUUGAUUCAUAUCACUUUAAUGACUUGCACAUGUUUCCAUGUGGACCACAACCAACAAGUGCUACAAGAUCAGUUGAGUUAGGAGGAGAUAUAAAGGACCAUACAAGGCUUGAGAAGCCUACUGAUCUUGUGGAACAAUCUAACCUGAACAGAACCAUGCUGUCUUCCACUGUGGUCACAGUUCUGGCACCUCACUGGAAUGGCCGACCAAGACGAACCAAAAGACCUGAUGUAAUGGGCAAUUUGGAAGGCCAGGGGGGUUUACACGACGUGACAAACACGGCGGCAAACCACUCCCAGGGGCGCUUUCACGAGUUUCUAGAUAGGUCAUUGAGAGAUGGCUUGCAAGCCCAAUCAAGGGUGCCAUUUCUGGGUACCAGGAGGAAUACGGUGGGCUGGUCAACAAAGAGUGGACCUGAAAGCUUAGACUAUGAAUCUAAGAGGAAAAUGCUUCAUACUGUAUCUAUGGAUGUUAACUCUGGAAGGAUGAACAGUAGAAACAUGUAUGCAAGUCCUGUACACACAGCUGCAACCCCUGUGUCUCCCCUCUCCUUUGAAACAGCCGAACAAAGGACAAAUCCACACCCUGGUCAUCAGGGAGGAUUGUCAUCUUUAAGCUCGAAACCGACAACCAGCAGAAUGCUUCUGUCUUUAAGAAGAUGCAAUUCAAAUAGCAGGAUCAAUAAUGCUGCCUCCCCGACCCCUGAGAUGAAUCCUUUGCCUCUGAGCAGCUCGCCACGUCAUCAAGAUGGAAAAUUAUUCACAACACACCUCUCUCAAACUUUCCUGAAUAAUAAUGGCCAGGAGAGGUCAAAUCCUCUCCUCUCUCCAUCGGGGAAUGCUUAUAGGAUGGAAACUGGGCCGAUAAUUUCGCCAUCAGCCUCCAACCAAAGAGAAAGGAACACAUUUGAAACUCGCUUCUUUUCAACAUCACCCACGAGCAAAGGCACAGAAGACACACCCAUUUCCCAACAAGCUGAAACGAUGACUAGUAGGACCCAGUCCAGUCUUUCAUGUUUCCAACACCCAAUACCGAUUCGAGAGCCAACGGAGAACUGCAGGGGUUCAGACAAAAGUACAAAUGUGUUCUCUGGGAGCUAUUCACCAAAACAUUCCCCUUUUGACCGGUCCUCCCUUCUAAAUACCCAUUCCCUCCCUAGGAGGACCAACCUAACAUCCACCUCCUGGUGGAAACAAGUCGCCCCGGAAUGUAGUUCGAAUCAAACUGCCAAUGAUACAACAAACAUCAAAGAAAAAUUAAACACACCCAUAGUGCCACCCUACAAUGAUAAUAGAGACUUUGCCGCUGCGUGUCCAACUAACAACAAAAGAUGUGUUAGUCAAAUCCCCAAUAACCGAGACAAUAAUAACGCAGCAGAGUCAGUCGUCCGAGGUAACAUGAACCUUAUUAUGACAAAACCGGGAGGAACUGACAACGUCAAACCAAGAAUAGCUGAGGAUUCACCCGGACAUGGAUCAGACAGGCUUGUCAAACAGCAAUAUGGCUCCAAUCUGAACAACAGAGACCCACAAAAGCCUCACAGUUUGCCGGAUGUUUUUCCUACUUCUAAAAUUAGCAGAGCUACAAAGCAAACAACGCUGAAUCAUUCUCCUAAAGAUCUCAGCAGGCGCGACUUAAAUCCUACCCCAUUUACAGCAAACAAAACCGAACUACCACUUACUUUGCUAAAUCCCAAGAGCCCAAAUACACCCACCGAGAGCAGCAGCUACAGUCACUGCACAUCCAAAACCAACAGCACCCCCGCAUCUUCACACAACCAUGACUCUCAAAAAUUUGGCAAACCACCUCUUUCUCUUGCUACCACCAACUCUUUCUGUAUUCAGGCUCCUACCUCCACGACUAACUCUGUUCUUUCCCAAUGCCCAUCCACUAAACCUACUUCACACAUCCACUCUCAUGCAGUUGCUUCACAAACACCUAUUGGUGCUUCACCUUACACUUGCUCUUCUUCCCAAAUACCCCUUAUCACUAAGAUAACUCCUAACACACCACUUCGCUAUGAAAGAAGCAUUGCUUCCGUUAAUAAGCCUUUCCACCCUAAAACUGUAUUGAGUCCAACAGUUGGUGCUUUCUCCACCAACUACAGCACAGCAUCACACCACGUAGCAAUAACUGCUCCUAGAACAUCCCUCCUUACUUCUUUAAAUCCUGGCAUAUCUUCUCAGUCCUCACUCUUAACCCCACCUGCCACCCCUAACGUUGUAAUCUCCAACGACUCGGUCCCUUCCAGUCUCAAGGAGCCAAGGACGUUUUCAAACAGUCCAGAAAACGACCCAAAGAAAAAGCGCCGCGUAGAGGGAAAGCGAGUGAGACGAGUCACAUGGGAGGACUCUGUGGAUCUGAAGCAUUCUGAACCUGGGGCAGUCAACAAUGCCGAGCCGUUUCACGUACCAACGAGCUCAAGCUCCCUGGAAAGCAGCAAAGUUGCAUCCAUCGCUUCUUUUCUCAGAUCAAGAAGUUCAACCACAACCGCAGCUCAUUUUGGCUCCCCCAGCUCCAAAACUGCCAGCAUACACCGGCUGAAAGGGGAAAAGUAUCGCUCUUUGUCAUCUGACAGUGCUGAUUGGUCCAGAGACCAUCAAAAGUCGAAGCAAAGACCGCGUGACACUAGUAUCUUUGACCAGGGAACGCGGGACGUGACAACACCCAGACAGGGGAGGACUCUCUCAGUGGAUUCUGACAGCCUUCAGUGCCGUGCUUCUGCCCCUCUCUCCCUCCCUUCUGACUUCUCAAGUUAUAAGCUUCGCUAUAGCUCUCCACCUUACACCACUCUCAUCUCGACCAGGCCAUCACAGGGAGAAACGAAGACUAUAUUAUCCAGAUCACCCCUCUUCCAACAGCCUCAAUCAAAUUAUGCCCCACACCUUUCUAGAUGCACUGAUUUAGGGGCAGCCAUGACCAUGCCCACAUCCAAACCUCCUCUGUCACCCACCACCCGAGGAAGUGCAAAAGGGGGGCUUUCAGAAACUGAUAUAGUCAAUAAUAAUCACAGCAAGAGCAACCGGCAAGAUUCCCCGAAUGGCCAGUUAGUAUUUGUCCACAACAGACUUCAUGAGGCACAUACCCCCUCCUCAAAAUGUGUAACUGAGACACUGGUUUACAGUGUUAAAUCUAAAGAAGAGACAGCUACACCUGCCCCAAGGAAGAGCAUACCUAAACCUUUGCAACAUGACUCAAACAUAAAGGCUUCUGUGGAGACCGAGUUAAGUCAACAGUCACACAGAAUGCAAAGUAAGGAAGCAGCAAGAGAACCACAUAGUGAUUCAGAUCUUGGCUCAAGCGUUAGCCGCUCAAGCUCCAACGGAAAAGCGAAGGAGAAUGUACUGGGUAAAAGUAGAUUUUUUUCAAUGGAGAGCAGCAAUGAACAAAGCACAAAGAGAAGCCGGUUUGCACUGAAGAAAAGUGACAGCACACCACAAUCCAGUUUGUCAAGAUCACAGCCAGAGACAGCCAGCAAGCCCAGUAACAAAAUGGACCAGGUGAUCAGCAGACUAAAACAAAAAUUCAGCACUAGACUUUCUGACGAGGAUGUGUUUCCAUGGAAAUGGAAGAGAGCGUCUCAAACGUCUUCGGUUAAUGGAUCAGGGGAUGUCAGUGACAACGUCGUGGAGAGCAACCAAAAGCUUGAGCAGGAGAAAGGGAUGUUGAUUAAGGAGGAGGAGAAGGGACGAGAUUGUGCUGAUAGAUGGAAAACAAACCGAUACAGCCUCAUACCAGCCUCAGUGGCAGGAGAGGAGCUGUACAGUUGGUCAGGCCAAACAACUCUGAAAACUGACCGAGACGAACAAACUGUCUAUCCAGAAUACAUGGAAAGUCAAAACCGUCCUCAUUUGACAGUAACCAGCCCACCAACAAACGAGUUAGACUUUUACAAAGACAAGGUAACUGAUUCCAAACCAUCAAACCUGUUGCUCUACUGUAGCAAUCACAGUCCUGGUAGGAGCCCUAAAACCUCUGCCGACUCUCCCACUCAGCUCAACAAGUCCACAUCCAGCCCCAGGAGCCCCUUCUCCCCCUUUCCCUCCCUUUCCCCUGUCUCCCAAAUGACCUCAACGGAUGACAAUGUCUUCUUCAGCCCCAAGCUACAGCGUCACCGAGAGUCCCCCUCACCUGGUGAGCCGGGAGAGGGAAUCAGCCUGGGGGCUUCGAGAAGAACUCGGGCCUCCACAGGUCCUCCAAGUGCAAGUCCAGGACCAGACAAUGAACGCUUGGCGUCCUCCUAUGCAGACUUAAAGUACGGCAUUGAGCCUGGGAGGUCCUUUUCCGUCAGUUCGGUACUGUCCAGUCGUCCCUCUGGGCCUGGGCGCAUCUCCACUGGAUCCAGGUUCAUGAGUGUGGGGGACCUCUCUGACUCUGCGUUAACGUGUGGCAAGCCUGGAAAAGACUUGGAUCAGUGGUCUGUUAACCCUGACUGGACCACUGACUAUGAUUGCCAGUCCAGUAAGGACUGCCGACAGGCUUGUUUCCCCAGCGACCCAGGUAAGAUGAGAUCCAGAUCUCUUCCUCGAUCACUGACUAGGCGCCUAGCAAAUUGGAGCUCAGACGUCUUUGCUUCCCAACCUGCAACAAGCACAGCCUCAAAGUCCCCUCGCCUAUGGAGCCCCAACAUGAACCCUUCUCACUUUGCAUGGGACACAGAAGGGCCUCCGACGCCUCCGACACCUCCUCCAACCCCGCCCCUAUCACCAGUGUCCAGGCGCAUGUCCAAACCCCCCCGCCUUUCCUCCCCCACCUUCCCCAGUGCAUCAGGAACGUCGCAGCAAGUGGACAACCUGUCCCCCAGAGGGAUUUUGCCCUCCAGAGGUUAUGUAUCCAGCCUUACCACUUUUGACGAGUCCUCGGACAGCAGCUCGGACACGACAACAGACGAUGAAUAUUACUUAGAAACGGGUGAAGAAAAAGAGACAGAAUUGUGACACUAAAAGAUUUUCUUUAAAUCCUGCCUUCUUUCGGGUCUGUUUUCCUGGACUUCAUCAUGUACGAGAAAAAGGGCUAACGUGUAUCAUUCUGUAAAGGGUAUUCUGCUUGUUCUCUCAUUGUCACAAAGGAGACUUGAGAUUCAAUAGUUUUUUUGCCUGCAUGAUUUGCUUCUGGAAAGUGGUGGUUAUUACAUGAGCAUACGUAAUAUUUUCAGCCAAGUUUGUAUAUGUAUAAUAGUUAUUAAUAAUGUAUUUCCGUGCAGUAUGUAACUGCAAUCUGAGUUGUUAAACAUUUAUAGUUUGAACAGUUGCAUGCAAUCAUUGAGGGAUGAAUAUCUGUGUGGUUGUUUUCAAAGUACUUUUUACAUAAGUUUGCAUUUCAUCCUGCGGAAGUUGUUGAUACAUGUGCUAUCAUGUAAUAUUUCAUUGUCUGUUUUCUUCUAUGAUUGAAGAUUGAAAUGAAUUGUGGUAAAUGUUGUAAUAACAGAUUUAUUUUCCUAGUUACAUUUUUUUUAUUCUGAGGUAAUAUGUAAUCAUAAUGUAUGGUACAAUUAGAUGUUUAAUGUCCAACAUUAUACAGUGAUUUAUCCAUUUUGCACAGUGAUUUUCUUAACUCUUAAUACAUGUAUUUUAAACAUAAAUGUAAUAUUUCCAGCAAUAACCGAACCGUUUUUGUAUUAAAGUCUGUGUUGCCCAAGUCUUUGGUCCGUCCUGCUGCUGCUUUAGCCUUAACAGCCACCGUGUCCCAUCGGACUGUUAAAUGCCCGGCUGAGUCAAAUGGUAUGCCAAGUAUUGGAGUGGCAAACAGAAGAUUCGACGCUUGAGGCUACGGUCCCGCCUGCCGCGAGGUUUUUCAAAGACUUUGUUAUUGGCGACACUUUGCUGCUCUAAAAAGUGUCUGCUGUUAGGUGUGGCUUAAUUAAAUUGACGUUAUGCAAUUGGGAGUUUCCUUUUUGUUCUCGCUGUGGCAACACAAACUGUUAUGGUGAUGGUUAGAUAACACUUUCAUUAGACAGGGAGGAUUGAGUUGUAAAAUAAUUGCUACAUGUGUGACCCCGUGUACUUUUUGUUCUUGUCUGUCUCUCAGGGUUUUGUUUUUUAACAGACAGACCGUCACAAGUAAUUGCGACAAUCUGCGUUGGACUAUUAGCCAUGACAUCAAGACACUGUUGUUCGCACCAUGACAUAGUAGCAUUUGUUUUUGUUGCAUGAAUGUUUUUCCAUUCUAUGUCAUCAUAAAUAAAGUGCAAUACACUUGCUCCA